CGACCAUCCUGCAAGGCAAUGAGACGCACUGCUCCUGCCUCCCCGCCCCCGCCUUUGCUAACCAGCACAAAAGGCCAGUUGUCUCACGGACACCAGAGACGCUCUUCGAGUUUGAGCCAAUACUCUCCAACCAGCAGCAUCUCUUCCACUUCUCCAAAGCGUGCAGGCAAAGCUCAUUCAAAUCAACUGCCACAGCCCUUUGGGAGAGAGCCUAAACUGACAUUUUUUGCAUACAGCGAGAGUCGAGGUCCUCAAGCAGUCAGUAUGGGUAUUAUUUUGAUACUGACUCUAAUUGCUACUGCUGUCAGACUGUACAAUCUUCCACAGCCGCCAGAAGUUGUAUUUGACGAGGUUCAUUUUGGCGGAUUUGCAACAAAGUAUAUCAAAUCAGAAUUCUUUAUGGAUGUCCAUCCUCCUCUCGGAAAGUUGAUUGUUGCAAGUAGUGGAGUGCUUUUGGGAUACAAUGGAUCGUUUUCUUUCAAGGAAAUUGGCCUAAGUUACAUCUCCUCCAAAGUCCCAUAUAUCGCAAUGCGUGGUGUUCCUGCAUUUAUGGGUGCUUUAUUAUCCCCGAUUUCGUAUACUACAAUGAGAAAUUUUGGGUUUUCUACAACGGCAUCUGUACUGACAAGUAUUUUGGUCAUAUUUGAAAACGCUUUUGUCUGUCAAUUCCGUCUUAUUUUACUGGACUCCUUUUUAGUUUUUUUUACUGGAUUAACUGCUAUGCUAUGGACCGAGUUCCGUCGCGUAUAUGAUCGCCCAUUCAGUCCUUUGUGGUGGAGAACACUGACAUUUACUGGAAUCGGUAUAGGUCUUACUGUUAGCGUAAAAUGGGUUGGUCUUUUCACCAUUGCAUUGAUUGGAGUUGCUACACUGCAAGAUCUUUGGAAUUUAAUCACUGAUGGAAGCGUCCCUAUACGUGCUUUUAUCAAGCAUCUUUAUGCACGAGUGAUUUGUCUUAUUAUUGUUCCUGUAGCAAUCUACAUGUUACUUUUUCAAAUCCAUUUUUCAGUGCUGUAUAAAAAAGGGAGCGGGUCGGGCUUUAUGAGUCCCGAAUUCCAGUCCACGCUUUUGGGCAGUGAGAUUGCUGAUACUCGUGCAGAUGUUGCCUAUGGAUCAAAGAUCGCUCUUCGCCAUGAGGCUACUCGUGGUGGUUAUUUGCACUCACACGCACACAAUUAUCCUGGUGGAUCUCAGCAGCAGCAAAUGACUUGCUAUCCUUUUAGAGAUGAAAAUAGUUGGUUUUUGGUCAAGCCUGAACUUACUUUUGUUAAUGACACUGCAGUUGAUACCAUGCCUACUGGAUUUGAGCGUCUUAAGCAUGGCUCGGUUGUUCGUCUAGAACAUGUUUCUACUUUUAAAAAACUGCACAGUCAUGAUGUUAGAUCUGGCUUUAACGAUGACAAGGACUACAAUGAGGCUUCUGGUUAUGGAAUGAAGGAUUAUCCAGGAGACUCCAACGACUAUUGGGUUGUUGAGCUUUUAAAUCAAAAGUCCACGUCUGAUCCUCCUAAUAUCAAGGCUAUUCAUGAUCGUAUUCGCUUGAAGCAUCGUGGCACUGGUUGCUAUUUGUUUUCUCGCGCUACAAAGCUUCCUGAGUGGGGCUUUGGCCAACAAGAAGUAUCAUGUGCCAAGAAUGGUCUGAAGAAACUCUCAGUUUGGCGUAUCGAGUAUAAUGAGCAUCCAGAAAUGCCUGAUGAUGUUGAGAUGAUCAAUUACAAAAAGCCGGGCUUUUUUUCCAAGUUUAUUCAUGUUCAUCAAGUGAUGUGGCAAAUCAAUCAAGGCCUCAAGGGCUCUCAUCCAUACGACUCUCGUCCAGGUGUAUGGCCAUUUCUUCGCCGAGGAAUCAGUUUUUGGCACUCGAAAACCACCACGGGAACAAUCUAUCUACUCGGAAAUCCCCUUAUCUGGUUUUCAGCACUAGUUGGAUUGAUAGUUUACAUUGGAUAUGAGCUAUUUGAAGCUGUUGCUGCCAAACGUAGAGUGGCAUUCAUCAACCUGGGAUUUCUCAAGGAAGCAGCAAACGCUUCUUGGUUCUUUUUUAUUGGCUGGUGUCUUCACUACCUUCCUUUUUUCUUUAUGAAGCGCCAGCUGUUUCUGCAUCAUUAUCUGCCAUCACUCUACUUUUCAAUCUUGCUGCUUGGGGCACUCUUUGAUGUUAUCACUUUGAAAUUAAGGCGAUAUGGCCAACUCAUGGCUGCUAUUGGAUGUGCUUUGGCAGUAAUCUGGAUCUUUUCUAUAUUUUCACCACUAGCAUAUGGUACUGAAAUGACACCUGUACAAUGUCAGCGAAUGAAAUGGGUAUCCACCUGGGACUUUAACUGUAUGCAAGGAGUACCGCCACCACCAGCACUCUCACCUAGCCCAACCAAUAAUAUGGAAGCAGAGGAGAAGAUUUUGGGGGAAAUAGACGUAGCACUUGAUGAUGAAAGUGAUUGAGCUCGUCUAGUUUGUCCAGGACAGUACAACUCUUUGGAAAGUCAAAGACAUUGUAUUUAAUUCCAUAGUUUUGGAUCCAAGAAUGAUUACUUUUUAUACUCUGUUAAAUUCAAGUAAUUCAUUAAACACGAUUUGAGAUUUGGUUUG